UCAAUUCCCCCAUUUCUCUUCAUCUCUCUCUCCUCUUCUAAUUCUCCUCUCUCCAUCUCUUCUUUGGAUAUCUUCUUCAACCUGAGUCUUGUAUAUAUUAUAUACAUAGUUGUUGAUUUCAGAGACUGGUCUCCUUGAUUUUUUGAAUAGAGGCUGGUCAUAUAUAUAUUUUCUAGAUUUUUUCUGGGAAAAGUUCAGAAGAUCGAGGUUCCAAAGUACGUAGAUAUAUAUGGCUCCUGUUUCAUUGCCUCCUGGCUUCCGGUUCCACCCCACCGACGAAGAACUGGUGGCUUACUAUCUCAAGAGAAAAAUCAAUGGGCGUGAGAUCGAACUCGAGGUCAUCCCCGAAGUUGAUCUCUACAAGUGUGAACCAUGGGACUUACCAGGGAAAUCAUUAUUGCCAAGCAAAGAUCUUGAGUGGUAUUUCUUUAGUCCUAGAGACCGUAAAUACCCCAAUGGAUCAAGGACUAAUCGGGCAACUAAAGGUGGCUAUUGGAAGGCCACCGGGAAGGAUCGAAAAGUGAACUCACAAAUGAGGGCUGUUGGCUUGAAGAAAACCCUAGUUUACUACAGAGGGAGAGCACCACAUGGUGGUCGUACCGAUUGGGUUAUGCAUGAAUACCGCCUAGAUGAAAGAGAAUGUGAAACUGCCUCAGGAUUGCAGGAUGCUUAUUCGUUAUGCCGGGUGUUCAAGAAGAGUGCAAUUGGCACAAAGAUUGGAGAGAAUUAUAUUGGCACAACUAGUAAGCACAUACCUAGAGAUUACUCAUCCAGUAUUGACCUAUACUCUGAAGGAAGAAGUGAAGAUUUGGAAAGUUCUAAUUAUCCAAUGCCGUUUGGUGCAUGUUCUUCAAGCAAUAAUAUUCAUGGGUCAUCCAUGAAUAUAAAUGGUACUAGUGAUGGGAAUUGGAUGCAGUACUUAUCAGAAGAGGCAUUUAGUUUUCCCAAUCCAUCAUUUCCAAAUUAUGGAACCAUUUCACACCCCCCAUCUAAGGUUGAUGUAGCAAUGGAGUGCGCAAGAUUGCAGCAUCGGUUAUCAUUGCCUCCAUUGGAGGUGCAGGACUUCCCCCAAGUUGGCUUCACGGAUUUUAAAAUGCCACCACAGUCAAGUUCACUCCGCGAGAGCACAAAUGAAGAUGACAUUUUGCAGGAAAUUUUAUCGGUUGCUCAUGUAUCUCAGGAACUAAUAAAUCAAGACACAUGGGGAGGGAUUUAUGCUCCUGAUAAUGAAUUUUCAUUUCCAGCUCAUACUGUCCAAACUCGUGAUGACAUGAGUUCUUCGAUAUUUAUGGACAAUGAAAUUCGGGAGGGUCAGAAUCCUAGGUGUAUCGAGAUUGGAGAUUUGGAUGAAGAAUUCAAAAUCGAGAGAGGGAUUGAGAACUUGAGAUGGGUGGGAAUGUCCAACCAAGAUCUAGAAAAGAGCUUUAUCGAAGAAUACAAGACUGUUCCCAUAGAAAAUAGUUCGAGUUUUCAAAGGUCAGAAGGGUAUGAGGUCCAAGGUGAUCAAACAGAUCGUCAUAACAACUUCAAUGAAUUCAAUAACAUAGAAGUAGACGAUUUUUCAGUUGGAUUUGGCAACGAAAAUCCGACACAGAAUUUUCUAGACGAUGACAAUGUGAAUGACUUCUCCAAUAGUCCAAGCUUUGAAUUUUAUGAGAAAAUUGAAGUCAAUCAUGGAAUGUUGGUUUCAACUUGCCAAGCAGCCGAGACAUUCUUUCAUCAACUCGCGCCUUCAGAGACUGUCAAGGUGCAGCUAAACCCGAUGACGACACAUGAACACCUGAUAACAAAAUCAGAUUCCCAAACAAGACCUAAGGAUGGAAGUCCAAUUCGUGACAAGUUCACGAGGAAAGUCCAAGCUAUGAAGCCAUUGAAGAAGAUAGUAAGCGAUAUCGUCACCCUAAUUGCACUUCUAUUGACUUAUUGCAUAUAUUUUGGGGAACAUGUGGAGGAUGAGCAGUUGAAAAAUAGAAGAGAGGAAGAAUGUUAUCCCAAGAUGAAGAAACCAGGAGGAGUGAAGUGGAAUAGUAAGAAAAACAAGGUUUUGCAUGGUCAUGACAUGAUAGGAUGUGUGGUUUUGAAUAAGAUAUGGCCUUGCCUCACCAUUAUUUUGGCACUUUGUACCAUUUGGGUGCACCAUGUUGUACCUUCCCCUUGACUAUAUAGCUUUAUAUAUAUGCAUGUAUUACAUGACUAACCGUAGUUGUAGUUAGCCACAAGUUAGCUACCCUUUUCCUAAAUUUGGAGCAAAUAUAUCUUAACGUUAUUGUAUUUUUCAUAUUGUUAUUGUAUCAAUAAAUGAAUACAAAAUAAAUUUUAGUCUUUUCUUAAGUUUUUUUUUUUUUUUUUUUAGCCAUUUUCUUAAGUUACUGGUUUCAUUUUUGUGAGUUUAAUGUGAAAUCCAUAGAAAAUACAUUUAAACCCUUUUUUGGUAAUCGUUGUCUUCACUGUGCUUUUCGAGUGUCCAAUUAGGGACCUCUUCCUUGAGAGCAUUUAUCUCACGCUACUCUACUGA